CACAACUCGUACACAAUCAAGACCCUUCCCUUCUCUUCUACCUCCAUUACCUUUCCCUUCUGUUUUCAGAUCCAAGAUCUUUCGCUGUCAAUCUUCGCUCAAUCAGCCGAAAUCUAUACAUCCACACGUAUAUACAAUGGACUCCUUUCGAAACAAAGCCUCGGGUUUCCUGAACGGGCCAAUCUUCAAUCCUGCGCUCAAAACUAAAAUGCAUUGCCUUACAAUCCUACUGGUCGUCAUCGUCAUCGUCGUAACCGGCGUCCGUAUUCAAACCAAGCCAAAGGGUAUCCCCGUUACAAGAUCAGAUACAAUUAGUAUCGUAAUGGGCGCCAAAACGCUGGUUUUCCUCCUCUACCAAAUCAUCACCACUCAUGUCGCGAAAUUCCACCGCUGGCAGAGCUUGAGAGCCUACCUCAUUAUGAAUACGCUGGAGAUUCUGUUCUGGUCUGCGGUUGUGAUCCUCACGUUUAUGGGGGUUGCGCGACUCUGCGUUGGCACACACUGUGGGUUGGGAUGGGUGACCGCUGUUUUGGCGAUUGCUCUUGUGUAAGUUUAUUUUUCUCUUCCUUUUAUUCGCCGU